AUGCAAAAACGAGGUGGCCGUCAAAGAGGACUGUUCGAAGAGAGGAUCUGGAAGUGUGAUUGCAAUCCCCGUUUGCCUGCAGAGCAUUUCCGGGUGAAGAAGGAAGGAAAGAACAAAGGCCGGUGGUUCUACACAUGCCAACAACAGGAGCCGAAACGAUGUGGUUUCUUCCUCUGGGACGAGGAUGCGAAACCUCGCGAAGCAGCGACGGUCAUGUCCAACAGUACGAGUGAAGUGCAGCAGAAUCGUCACCACGAUCAAGACGGGUGGAAUGCUGGGCGACAAGCAGUAUCUGGCAACGGCGUCUUUUCCAACUCAAACGCCAAGCGGGAGCGAGAUGGUCACCGGUCACCGACUCUCUCACCUUACGAUACUCUACAAUCAGGCUCCAAGCGUAGCCUAGCGAGUACUGGCUUUGACAACAGCGACGAUAAUUGGGGUCUGAAUGACGACGACGAUGCUUUUCUCCGUGUAGCGGACAGUUUCGAGACUCCCCACAAAGCACAGAAGAUUGGAGUCUACGCAACGCCCGCCACGGGCAAGAAAAGUGCAAGAAAGCUACCUUGGCUUGAACAACCGGCUACUCCCUCCUCCACUAUCAAGUCAACGGGUGGAUAUCCAGCUACUCCUUCCAACUCAUCAGCAUCGAGAUUAUUGGGAGGUAAUGCUAGCACGACAAAUACAAUUUCAGGACCACCAGAUUCACCUACACCGCACGCAAGAUUCAUAGAUGCGCUGGCCAAUCCCGCCGACUGCGCGAGUUCAUUGACGCAAGAAGUGCUGGCUCAUCUUUCCGGCGUCUCAUUACCACCAGAGAAACUCUCCACUCUACGGACGAUACUUUCCAGACAUGAUCUCAAAGCACAGGGUGUCGCAAAAGGCCGAGAAAUCUCUCGUCUAGCACUCAAAGCGAAAGAAGCCAAGAUUGUGGAGCUACAGUCGAAGAUUGUGCGACUUGAAGCGGAACUGGAGGUCGAUCGUGGGGUAAUUCAGAAGCUACGUUGGGAUCGACAGCAUAUUCAGCAUGACGACGACGAGACCGAGGACGAGACCGACGAGAUUUUGUAA